UUGGUUAUGGAACAUUCUAAAACUUAGACAAGAUGAAUGUGAUUGGCUGAAGGGCAUAAGCCCGCCUCCAGGGUGACGUGUCUGCCUAUGGAUAUCAGUUGCCAGAGAAACCUGGCUUUACUAUGGCGGUUGGAGAAACGGCAGUGAUCACACGUCUGCUGCUGGGAAGAACUGGAUUCUCGUUUCAGGUCACCAUCAGAAAAGCUAAGUUUGUUGUAUGGUGAGGAUCAGAAGAUCUGAUCCUGGUUACAGAACCAUCCCUCAUUACAGAAUCUUGGGUUGUAAUACCCACUUCAUCCUUGUAGACCAUCUCUGAAGAUCUUAUAAGAUUCCAUCUGAGAAAGCACUAGGAGUUCUUAGAAGGGGAAGAAGGAAGAAGAUUAUUGGUUGGAAUAAAAACAGGGUUGAAUGAGUUCCAGAAAGCAGGGUUCUCAAACUCGUGGACAACAAUCUGCAGAAGAAGACAACUUCAAAAAGCCAACAAGAAGCAACAUGCAGAGAAGUAAGAUGAGAGGGGCCUCCUCCGGAAAGAAGACGGCUGGUCCUCAGCAGAAGAAUCUGGAGCCAGCUCUUCCAGGCAGAUGGGGGGGUCGCUCUGCAGAGAACCCCCCUUCAGGAUCCGUGAGGAAGACAAGAAAGAACAAACAGAAGACUCCUGGAAAUGGAGAUGGUGGAAGUACCAGUGAAGCACCUCAGCCACCUCGGAAGAAAAGGGCCCGGGCAGAUCCUACUGUUGAAAGUGAGGAGGCAUUUAAGAAUAGGGUGGAGGUGAAGGUGAAGAUUCCUGAAGAAUUAAAACCAUGGCUUGUUGAGGACUGGGACUUAGUUACCAGGCAGAAGCAGCUGUUUCAGCUCCCGGCUAAGAAAAACGUAGAUGCCAUUCUGGAAGAGUACGCAAAUUGCAAGAGAUCUCAAGGAAACGUCGACAAUAAGGAAUAUGCGGUUAAUGAAGUUGUGGGGGGAAUAAAAGAGUAUUUCAAUGUGAUGUUGGGCACUCAGCUGCUCUAUAAAUUUGAGAGGCCCCAGUAUGCUGAAAUCCUCAUGGCUCACCCUGAUGCACCUAUGUCCCAGGUUUAUGGAGCACCACACUUACUGAGAUUGUUUGUAAGAAUUGGAGCAAUGUUGGCCUAUACACCCCUUGAUGAGAAAAGCUUGGCAUUAUUGUUGGGCUAUUUGCAUGAUUUCCUAAAAUAUCUGGCAAAGAAUUCUGCAGCCCUGUUUACUGCCAGCGAUUACAAAGUGGCUUCAGCUGAGUACCAUCGCAAAGCCCUGUGAGGGUCUACUGACCACUCACUGUUAUGUCUGGAUAUCUGUAAACACUUUUCUUUUUGUUCUUAGUCUUUUUCUUGUAUAAUUGAUGUUCUCUAAAAUUGUUAAUGUAUCACAGGGCUCAUGUUUAACUUUUUUUCUGUUUGUUUCAAACAGAAAGUAAAAGGAGUGUAAGCUCCUUUUCUCAUUUCGAAGUUGCUACCAGUGUAUGCAGUAAUUAGACAAAGAAGAAACAUUCAGUAGAACAUUUUAUUGCCUAGUUGACAACAUUGCUUGAAUGCUGGUGGUUCUAUCCCUUUGACACUACACAAUUUUCUAAUAUGUGUUAAUGCUAUGUGACAAAAUGCCCUGAUUCCUAGUGCCAAAGGUUCAACUUAAUGUAUAUACCUGAAAACCCAUGCAUUUGUGCUCUUUUUUUUUUUUUAAUGGUGCUUGAAGUAAAACAGCCCAUCCUCUGCAAGUCAUCUAUGUUGUUCCUUAGGCAUUCUAUCUUUGCUCAAAUUGUUGAAGGAUGGUGAUUUGUUUCAUGGUUUUUGUAUUUGAGUCUAAUACACAUUCUAACAUGAUAGAGGCAAUGCAUUGUGUAGCCGCGGUUUUCUGAAAAGUUGAUAUUUUAGGAAUUGUAUUUCAGAUCUUAAAUAAAAUUUGUUUCUAAAUUUCAAAGCAAA